AUGUCUUCUGUAGGAACUGCUGAGCCAGAUGGAGACCAGAGGGACAGACACGUCAGCAAGUUCAUUUUCUUCCUCUUUGUCUUCGGGGCAGUUCUGUUGUGUGUAGGAGUCCUGCUCUCCAUCUUUGGGUACCAGGCAUGCCAAUAUAAGCCUCUCUCACACUGCAGCAUGGUGCUAAAGAUUGCUGGGCCUUCGUGUGCAGUGGUGGGGCUGGGGGCUGUGAUUCUGGCCCGGUCCCGGGCUCGCCUGCAUCUGCGGGAGCGACAGCGGCAAGGCCAGCAGGACCCUGACCAAUCCUUCUUCUGUGGAGAGAGCCGCCAGUUUGCCCAGUGUCUCAUCUUUGGGUUCUUGUUUCUGACCAGUGGUAUGCUCAUUAGCGUACUGGGCAUUUGGGUGCCAGGAUGCGGCUCAGACUGGGCACAGGAGCCACUGAAUGAGACAAAUGCUGAAGAAGGAGAGCCCCAGAUCUGCGGCUUCCUUUCUCUGCAGAUCAUGGGGCCCUUGAUUGUGCUUGUGGGACUGUGUUUCUUUGUGGUGGCCCAUGUUAAGAAGAAAAGCAACUUGAGUUCAAGCCGAGAUACCUCUGAAAUUGAAGGUGGACACACCCACAGCAUGGAGCCUGUCCACAUCACUGUAGGUGACUCAGUGAUAAUAUUCCCGCCGCCUCCACCACCUUACUUUCCUGAGUCUUCAGCAGCGGCUCCCUCUCCUGGGGCUAACGGCCUGCACCAGAUUGAAAACCCACCUCCCUAUUCCAGUCUUUUUAACUGCGGCAGGAUCCCAACUCCUGAGAACCAGGGAACAGCCUCUGAGAGAGAACGGGAACUCGUAUAUACGAUUUCUGGGCCGGGUCCAUCCUCUGAGAGUUCACACACUGGACAUUUUCCACUGGACCUGCCCCCUAGAUAUGAAGAAAAAGAAACUGCCCUGGCCACACCCUUGGAUGCAUCUUCUGAGCCGUCCCCACCAUGA